AUGGUGAACAGGGUGACGCAGUCACUGGGCAUGGCGAGCGUGUCUCAGCCCUCAGAUCCUCUGGAGUAUGCAGCGCAAGGCCGGGGAAUGCUCACUUACCAUGUCGGCGGCGUUGAUCUGGACGGAGAGGCCUUCAGGAAAUUCUGGGUCGCAGCUCACAAGAACAAAGCCGUGGACGGCAUAAGGAUUCCUCCCGGCGAGUAUCACAUAAAGCCGCCCGAGGAUGGGAGCAAGUAUGGGGCCCACCUCUACCUGGCCUGCAACGAGGAUGGGGACGACCGCACCUCACCCUUUGUCCUGGACCUCAGCAACACCUUCCUAUGGCUCACGAGCAAGGACCAGGGUGCCAUUUCCAUAGACAAUGGGGAGAAUGUUGAGCUGCGGGGGCCCUUUGCCGUUUGCAACAACCUGGACAGCUGGAGCUUUGCGCAAGCCACGCUGGUGUCCUUCAACGAGGAAAAGCUAGAGUGGAUCGUCCAUGGGCACGACGGCUACCCUAACGACAGGGUAUUUUUAAAGGACGGGUCCGUAAAUGCCAUCAUUUGGGACCCGGCCACGCGGCUCAUGAAGGAUCCGGACGUGCACGAUUUUGGCACGCGCAGUGUGGAGAAAAUUGGGCCGAACCAGUACAAAUUCACGCUCAGCCACACACAAGACUACAACGUUCGGCCCGGCGAUUACAUCACGGCGCGCUCUGCGGACGGCUGCUCGGCUAUCAACUUGGAGUGCUGCAAGCGCUGCACGGUGCACGCUGCCACCAUCCACACCGCCUCAUGCUUCGGCUUCUACGACGCCUUUGGGACCGCCAACGUGUACAGGGACUGUUUCCUGCUGCCGUACCCGCGCCCGAUCGGCAAUGACGGCCAGCUGCCUCUGCUGUCCACCAACGCUGACGGCAUCCAUGCCACCGACAACGCAGAGGGCCCGCGCCUCAUCAACUGCUUCUUCGGCGGCCUCGGUGAUGAUGCCAUCGCUGUCACUGGGCACUUCUCACCUGUGGCAACAGCCUGCCCAGAGGAGAAGUACAUCAUUGUCUUGCAGGUGAGGCGGUACAUGAAGGCAGACAAGGGGGAGCCUGUGCAGGCGUACUCUGUCGAGGGUGCAUCCCUGGGCACCGCCACAAUUGCAAGUGUGGAGGAGUGCGACAACCCCUUGCCCGGGGGCACCAAGCUGCCAAACUUCUGCAUCGACGACGGCGACAAGCAGUACUGCACCAAGAUAACUGUGGAGGAGUGGCCGGAGUCGUGGGGUGGCAUUGGGCAGGGGUGCGGGGUGCAGUACCCGACCUGGUGCGGCAACGGGUACCAGGCGGUCGGCUGCCGCGUCUUCAACACGCGCGGCCGCGCCGUCCUGGCCAAGGGCAGCCGCGGCCUCAUCGCCGACAACACAUUCACCCACCUCAAGGGCGCGGGAGUGCAGCUGACACCAGAGUACAACUGCCUGGAGGCGGGCUUUGUGUGCGACGUUACCGUGCGCAACAACACAAUCGAUUCUCUCGCGCCCGGCAUUUGGGUUGGAGGCAGCACAACCGCCGAGGGAGACUCGCCGCCCGCGCCAUUCCACCACAACCGCAACAUUGUCAUUGAGAACAAUGUCAUCAGCCACUCCUGGAAGACCCCCUUCAUUGUCACCAGCUCUGAAAAUGUCACGGUGCGCGGCAACACGUUUCGCAACUGCCUGCCGAGGCGGACGGACGUGGAGUGGGACACACGCAUCCACAGCUGGGAGGUGGACGCCAAGCUCAUGCUCUUCAAGCACGUCAAGCAGCUCACCCUUGGUGGCAACAGAUUCGUGAAGGACGAGCCGCGGGACUUCAGGGGCAAUUAUGAGGACCCGAUGGAGUUUGAUGACUGCAGCGAUGUUGUGCACGAGCCGGACACAAACACAUGCUACAAUCCCGCUUACCCCUAUCCCACCUACCCCACAAGCACAUCCUGA